CCCUAGAUUUUAUUUAUCAACAAUCCCAUCCCAUUCCCACACCUGGCCAGGCCUUCCGGCGAGAUGAUCCCCUAACUUAUUGGAUUGCAUAAUCAAAAACAAUGGCUGCCCCGAGGAGUAGCUCCACACUGGGAGCUAUUCCAGAAGAUUCUACAAAAUCAAUGGCUGGUCCGAGGAGUAGCCCGAGACUGCGAACUAUACCAGAAGAUUCUACAAAAUCAAUGGCUGGUCCGAGGAGUAGCCCGAGACUGCGAACUAUUCCAGAGGAUUCUACAAAAUCAAUGGCUAGGCCGAGGAGUAGCCCGAGACUGCGAACUAUACCAGAAGAUUCUACAAAAUCAAUGGCUGGUCCGAGGAGUAGCCCGAGACUGCGAAACAUUUCGGAAGAUUCUACAAAAUCUAUGGAUAGUCCGAGGAGUAGCCCGAGACUGCGAACUAUUCCAGAGGAUUAUACAAAAUCAAUGGCUGGUCCGAGGAGGAGCCCGAGACUGCGAACUAUUCCAGAGGAUUAUACAAAAUCAAUGGCUGGUCCGAGGAGGAGCCCGAGACUGCGAACUAUUCCAGAGGAUUCUACAAAAUCAAUGGCUGGCCAGACGAGUAUCCCGAGACUGCGAAAUAUUUCGGAAGAUUCUACAAAAUCAAUGGCUAGUCCGAGGAGUAGCCCGAGACUGCGAAAUAUUUCGGAAGAUUCUACAAAAUCAAUGGCUAGUCCGAGGAGUAGCCCGAGACUGCGACAUAUUUCAGAAGAUUCUGCAAAAUCAAUGGCUAGCCCGAGGAGUAGCCCCAGACUGCAAACUAUUCCAGAAGAUAAAAGGCCGUACUAUGGCAGUCACACCAGGAAAAGGACGCCUCCCAAUGCAGAUGAUACUACACCUAUCUCCAAAAUGCCUAAAUUGAACAAAUGCAAGUCUGUCAAAGCCAAAAACUCACAUUAUGAUUCUGAUCAUUCCAAUCAAAAUGGUGUCAUUUUGGAUGACGGUCAAUCGCUGGUUCAGCCGGCUACUUCUCUGAAAGAUGAGACUAAUGAUGCACACUUUGCUGCAAGAGUCAAAGAGUCGUUGAGACUUUUCAAUUUGUUGCACCUCCAAUUUGUUCAGGAAGAGGAGACUAGAUGCAAGAAGGAACAGAAUGACGGGGAACCUCAAGGCAAUGUUAGGAGGCGACCUGAUUUGAAGGUGAUCUCUGAGAUGUUCAAAAAGAGAACUUUGAAACCUGAAAGAACAUUUGGUCAUAUACCAGGUAUUGAGGUGGGGCGUCAAUUUUUCUCUCGGUCUGAGAUGGUUGUUGUUGGACUUCAUGGGCACUGGUUAAGGGGAAUUGAUUAUAUGGGGGAUUCUAAUGGCCAGGACAAGUUUAAAAACUAUAUCUUUCCACUUGCAUUAGCAAUCGUGCUGUCUGGCCAAUACGAAGAUGAUGUUGAUGAAUCUGAAGAAGUUGUAUAUACAGGUGAAGGUGGAAAUGAUUUACUUGGUAAGAAGCGCCAAAUUAAAGAUCAGGAACUAAAGCAUGGUAAUCUGGCUCUUAAGAAUAAUAUGGAGCAAUCCAUACCCGUCAGAGUUGUUCGUGGACAUAAAUGUCAGGCUAGUUACAGUAACAAGGUUUAUACAUAUGAUGGUUUGUACAAGGUUGUUCAAUUCUGGGCUGAGAAAGGCACUGCUGGCUUUACUGUUUAUAAAUACAGGUUGAAGCGAUUUUCAAAUCAACCUGAAUUGAUCACAAAUCAGGUCCAUUUUAUAGGCGGGAGAGAUCAUAAAGCUCAGUCUGUAAUACCUGGGUUGGUCUGCAAGGACAUUAGUAAUGGUCAAGAAAGUAAACCUAUCCCUGUUACCAAUGUAAUUGAUGAUCCACCUUCAGCACCAGAAGGCUUUACAUAUAUUAAAUCUAUUCAAGUAGCGGAUAACAUUAAAGUCCCAUCAAAUGGUCCUGGAUGCAAUUGCAAAGAGAAAUGUACUAAUCCAAAGACUUGUUCUUGUGCUCGACUAAAUAACAACGACUUUCCUUAUGUCAGUCAAGAUGGUGGCAGAUUGGUCGAACCUAUGGAUGUUGUUUUUGAGUGCGGACCACAAUGUCAAUGUGGACCUAAAUGUGUAAAUCGAACAUCCAUGCGGGAAUUAAAGCAUCGACUUGAGGUCUAUCGAACUCCAAAAAAAGGUUGGGCUGUUAGGUCAUGGGAUUAUAUUCUUCCAGGUUCGCCAGUAUGUGAAUACGUUGGAGUUAUUAGGAGGAGUGAUGAAUUAGACAAUGUCUCUGAGAAUGACUACAUAUUUGAAAUUGAUGGCUGGCAAACCAUCAAUGAGAUGGAGGGGCGAGAGAGGCGAUUGCGUGAUGUAUCUCUCCCACAAAAUCACACUGUCAGAAGAAAAGGGAAGAUAUCAGAAUGUGCACCCGAAUUUUCCAUCGAUGCAGGUUCCUUUGGAAAUGUUGCUAGAUUUAUCAAUCAUAGCUGUGAGCCUAACCUCUUUGUUCAGUGUGUUUUGAACUCUCACCAUGACCUUAGACUUGCUCGAGUCGUGUUAUUUGCUGCAGAUAGCAUCCCCCCUAUGCAGGAACUUACAUAUGACUAUGGUUAUAUACUUGAUAGCGUUGUUGGUCCUAAUGGGAAGAUAAAGAAGUCGCCUUGCUACUGCGGUGAACCUGACUGUCGAAAGCGGUUGUACUAGACAACAAGAAUUAUCUGCAUUUUGGUUAGGUUUGCAUCCCUUAGAAGCAAUUUUUUUGUCUAUAUCGUUAAGUGGGAGCCAUAUUUAUUCUAAUAGAAAUCAAUUUUAAAUUCUUGAUUAUGAUUUUGCCACAUAUUUUGCCACAUACUUUCAACUAGUGUUGAUCUUAAGUUAGCAUUUUAUACAUGAAAAAUUGUAAUUGGCUGGGUGGUAGCUGGUGCUAUUCAUCUUAGAAUUAUGCCUAUUGUCAUGAUUUGGUCUCUAAAA